AGUCCUGGAUGCAACCGAAUCCGUUAGCCGGGAUCCAGGACAUCUUUCAGCGAGCUUCAGUAGUGUAUGUAGCCUUCUUUCUCGGAAGAUGAUUGAAGACAAGGGGCCCCGUGUAGCGGACUACUUCGUCGUAGCGGGGCUGACUGACGCCUCCAAGCCCCUCGAAGAGGAAAUCCACUUCCACGACGCGUGUCACAAGGCAGCCAGGCCCAAAGAACCCAUCACGGACGUGACGGUCAUCAUCAAGUCUCUCGGGGAAGAGGUGCCUCCAGGCUACGUGUGCAUUGACGCCACCCCGACGGGACUUUCGGCCGAUCUUAACAAUGGGAGCCUCGUGGGGCCUCAGAUUUACCUCUGCUACAGGAGAGGAAGGGAUAAGCCCCCACUUACAGACCUUGGGGUUUUGUAUGACUGGAAGGAAAGAUUAAAACAAGGCUGUGAGACCAUUCAAAAUACUCCCUGCGGCCGCCCCGCCAACAUCAGUGGGGGAAGCACCUCGUCUCAGAAAGUUUACAUCACUUACCGGAGGGCCUCGGAGAACGUGACCCAGAAUACCUUGGCCGUGACGGAUUUAUGCAUCAUCGUCCCCAGUAAAGGCGAGAGACCACCCCACACCUUCUGCAAAGUUGACAAAAAUCUUAAUAACAGUAUGUGGGGAUCCGCAGUAUACUUAUGCUACAAGAAGUCCGUGGCCAAGACCAACACCAUAUCUUACAAAGCCGGUUUAAUAUGCAGGUAUCCCGAAGAAGAUUACGAAUCCUUCCCGCUACCGGAAUCCGUCCCUCUCUUUUGCCUUCCCAUGGGGGCAACCAUCGAAUGCUGGCCGGAGGACAGCAAAUACCCUCUUCCCGUUUUCUCCACGUUCGUGUUAACUGGAGCCUCAGCUGAAAAGGUAUAUGGUGCUGCUAUUCAGUUCUAUGAAUCGUACCCCGCGGAGAAUCUCACAGAUAAACAGCGGUACCACCUGGGAUUAGCAUCUCCGGCCGACGGGAAGUCAGACGGCUCCCAAACCGUUCACACAAAUAAGUGCAUCUGCCUUCUCUCUCACUGGCCUUUCUUCGAAGCCUUCAGGAAGUUUCUUACCUUUCUAUAUCGUUACUCCAUUUCCGGACCCCACGUUCUACCGAUCGAGAAACACGUUUCCCAUUUUAUGCAUAAAGUUCCUUUCCCAUCUCCUCAGAGGCCACGGAUAUUGGUCCAGUUGUCCCCUCACGAUAACUUAAUCCUCAGUCAGCCAGUGUCUUCACCUCUUCCUCUGAGCGGUGGCAGAUUCUCCACGCUACUGCAGAGCCUCGGCCCCGAGAACGCCGUGACCCUCCUGGUGUUCGCGGUGACGGAACAUAAGAUCCUCAUCCACUCCCUCCGACCCUCCGUCCUCACCAGCGUGACCGAGGCCCUGGUCUCCAUGAUAUUUCCUUUCCACUGGCCCUGUCCGUAUGUUCCUCUUUGCCCCCUGGCAUUAGCAGAUGUGUUGAGCGCGCCGUGCCCCUUCAUAGUGGGGAUCGAUUCCCGAUACUUCGAUCUGUACGAUCCCCCGGCAGACGUUAGCUGCGUGGACCUAGACACCAACACCAUUUCUCAAAUUGGAGACAAGAAAAAUAUUGCCUGGAAGAUUCUCCCCAAGAAACCUUGCAAAAAUCUGAUGAAUACAUUGAACAGUUUGCAUCAGCAACUGGCCAAAUUGCAGCAAAGACCAAGGGAAGAUGGAUUAAUGGAUUUGGCAAUGAAUGACUAUGAUUUCAACUUGGGAAAGAAGCUGCACGUGUUAGACAUGGAGAUCCAAGAAGCGUUUUUGGGUUUCAUGGCCUCGAUAUUAAAAGGUUACCGGUCCUUCCUCCGGCCAAUAACGCAAGCCCCAUCUGAGACCGCCACAGACGCGAGUUCCCUUUUUGAGCUCCAAGGUUUCUUAAAAAGCAGGGAUCGCUCUCAGCAAAAAUUCUAUACCUUGAUGACCAAAACACAAAUGUUUAUUCGUUUCAUUGAGGAGUGUUCCUUUGUCAGUGACAAAGAUGCAAGUUUGGCAUUUUUUGAUGACUGUGUGGAUAAAGUGGAUAUGGAUAAGACCGGUGAGACGCGACUCAUAGAGUUAGAUGAAUCGUACAAAAGCGAGCACACGGUUUUCAUCACGCCCCCGGAGAUCCCGCACCUGCCCAACGGAGAAGAGCUCCCUUUGCAGUACAGCUAUAAUGGAUUUCCCGUGCUGAAGGCGGAUUUGUUCGAGAAGCCAGAGGGGUUCCUUCAAAUGAGAAAUAGCAAACUGUCCACCAAAGCCAGUAGCCCCAAUAACCCCUCGCCCAUGUUCCGAAGAACCAAACAGGAAAUUAGGUCGGCCCAUAGAGUAGCCAAACGGUAUUCCUCCAUCCCUCAGAUGUGGUCAAGGUGCUUGCUGCGCCACUGCUACGGCCUGUGGUUUAUCUGCCUUCCCGCCUACGUGAAAGUCUGCCACUCCAAAGUCCGAGCACUGAAAACGGCCUAUGACGUCCUGCGGAAAAUGCACGCCAAGAAGAUCGAUCCCCCGGACGAGGUGUGCUACCGAGUCCUCAUGCAGCUGUGUGGUCAGUACGGCCAGCCGGUGCUAGCGGUACGGGUCCUCUUUGAGAUGAAAAAAGCCGGCAUCGACCCCAAUGCCAUCACCUACGGCUAUUACAAUAAGGCCGUCCUGGAAAGCACCUGGCCUUCGAGUAGUCGAAGCGGCUACGUCCUGUGGACCAAGAUCAGAAAUGUUGUGUUGGGAAUAACACAGUUCAAAAAGGCCUUGAGAAAACAGUCCCGCCUUUCAAAUGCAACUCUAUCAGCAGAUGACAGUGACGUGGAUGUCGUUAGUCAUGGCAGCAUGGAUAGUUCUAAUGACACAAACACUGUGGAGCAGGCAUCCUUCAACACUGAUUUAAUCAAAGUAUAUUCCACUGAUGAUAGAUCUAGUACAGGGGGCCAGUCGGAUCUCGGCUACAGUUCGCUGUCUAAAGACCAAGUGAGGCGAGGGGACGAAACUGCUCAGGAGAAGCAAGAAGAGAAUGAAGAAGCGAGAGAGAGUGAUUCUAGUUCUUUGUCUGAGAGCGAGAGUGCUAAGGGAAGUGCCGAUUGCCUUCCUAACCUGGAUUUUCAAAGCGUCAGCAGGACCGAGCCCACAUCCAGCAUCGUUCGCCCGGCCGGGGCCGUCGGCAGCGCGGACGAAGUGUCGGGAGAAAGCACCGAAAGUGCACCUGGAUUGCUGCGUACGUCGCUUUUUGAAGACACUAACGAGGCGGGAGGCGUUGACGGUAGGAGUCUACGAAAGCGACAUAAAAGCGCUGUGGAGUGCAGCACGCCGCGGCAGCCGCUGGACUGGGAAAAAAGAAACCGAAAUCUCAGCGGCCCGGCGACCAAUGGAACAAACCGGAAAGCGAGCCCCGGACCAAUGGGCGGCAGACCGGGAGCCGACCCCCAAAUUGUCCGUGACGUGUUCCAGAAAAGCAGCAGGCCCACCACCCUCGCCUUGGGGAAGCCCCCGGCGACCUCCAGACUCCAAAGCCCGGAGAAGGAGUCCAGCGACGACGACGUCACCCCGGGAGGCGGGGUCUGUCCGGCCGACCAGCCCGAGUCCCCCGUCAUCUUCGACCUGGAAGACCUGGACCCCGAGGCGGUGCGGGCCCCGCCGCGGCCCGUCCGAGCGGUCCGGCGAACCAGCAGCAGCUUCUCGGCGAAACCGGCGGAGAAGACGGACGUGGAGGCCGGUUUUGACCCCCUGUCCCUCCUCGCGGCCGAGACCGAGCGGGGGCGGCGGGAGGCGGAGGAGGAAGAGGAGGAGGAGGAGGAAGAGGACAGCCGGAGCGUGUCCACGCCCUCGACGAGGAGAGACCUGGCCGAGGAGAUCGAGAUGUACAUGAACAACAUGACGAGCCCCUUGGCCAGCCGCGCCCCGAGCGUGGACCUGCAGCGGCUGGGCGAGGAGCGCUCGGCCAAUAAGAGGAGCCCCUCGGCGGCCCGCUCCUGCCGGAGGUCCAGCCUCCCUCCCAACUCCUCCCGGCCCGCCGGCCUCACCAAGUCCAAGAGUUACCACGCGAAGGGCCAAGACCGGCCCCGGGACCGGCUGUGGUCUUCCCCGUCCUUCUCGGCUCGCUGUCCGCUUAGGGACCAGGUCCCGGACGCGGGCGGGACCUUCACCCUGGUGUCCGCCCCUUCGUUUCACAUCGACUCGCUCAUCGCCCCGAAGCUGGACGUCCUAAAGAGCAGCGUGUUCUCCGCCGGGAAGGGGGUGGCCGAGAAGGCCAGCAAAUGGUACACGAGGUUCACUAUGUACGCCGCCCCGUCCAAGGAUCAGAACUCGGACCGAGCCAGCCUGUCCUCAGCGGGGGCCCCGGACUCAGAGUCAGCCUCCCUUGCCGACGAAGACCUCUGCAACGAACCCGAAGGGGCGGCCUCUCUGCCAGAGCCCAACGUCCCGCCCGGAGGCCGGGAGAGCGGGCGGAGCGGGCCCGGCCGCUGGGCCGGGGGCCCUCCCGCCCCUUUCCCCCCAUGUGACUUCCUCUCCAAGUUUGCCGCAUCUGACAAAUCGGAGUGGGCGGCCCCCUGCAGCAGGAGCAGCAUGAAUAUCUUCCAGAACUACGCUAUGGAGGUUCUCAUCUCCAGCUGCUCACGAUGCCGAACUUGCGAGUGCCUCGUCCACGAUGAGGAAAUCAUGGCAGGCUGGACGGCCGACGACUCCAACCUCAACACCACGUGUCCUUUCUGCGGGAACCUCUUCCUGCCCUUUCUGAACGUCGAGAUCCGAGAUCUGCGCCGGCCGGGCAGGUACUUUCUGAAGGCCAGUCCGUCCACAGAGAACAUGCGGUUGCCCCCGUCACUCCCCGGUCCCACGGGGACGCCGUGCCUCGCCUCGUCCAAUCCCACCCUCACGGGGUCCGUGAUUUCCGUCCAAGGGAACUGUAGCCCAAACAGAAACUCAAUGCCGGAAAACCCGUGUGCCAGGAGCAUCCAGAUUCCCACCGGGAGAAGGGCCCCCGCCAGCGCGUCCGCCUGCCCGCUGUUUCCGAUGGCCAGGAGCGUCAGCGCCUACGGUCCGCCGGAGGAGGCGGGGAGCCGGCAGCUCGCUCACCUCACGCCUACAGGAAGCCUGCCCACUACUCUGCCAGGCCCGACGGAUUCUCUGGGCUUAGAAUGGCGUCUUCCCAGCCCGGACCCCAUCACGGUCCCUUACCUGAGCCCGCUGGUGGUGUGGAAGGAACUGGAGAGCCUGCUGGAGAACGAAGGCGACCGGGCUAUAACGGUGGCCGACUUCGUCGACCACCAUCCCAUCGUGUUCUGGAAUCUGGUGUGGUAUUUCCGGCGCCUGGACCUGCCCAGUAAUUUGCCCGGACUGAUACUGUCCUCCGAGCACUGUAACAAGUACUCCAAGAUUCCACGCCACUGCAUGUCGGAAGACAGCAAGCACGUUCUGAUUCAGAUGCUGUGGGACAAUAUGAAAUUACACCAGGAUCCCAGACAACCCCUGUACAUCCUCUGGAACGCCCAGAGUCCAAAUCGCACUCUUUUAUUUGAGACCCAGAAGACCCCCGUGGUCCAUUUGCUGCCAAAAGGUGACGACUCAUUUAACCAGGAGCUGUUGAAAAGCAUGGUGAAAAGCAUUAAGAUGAAUGACGUGUAUGGGCCGAUGAGUCAAAUCCUAGAGAUACUAAACAAAUGGCCUCAUCUUAAAAGGCAGAGGAGUUUAUAUAGAGAAAUAUUGUUUCUCUCACUAGUGGCCCUAGGAAGAGACAACAUUGACAUAGACGCGUUCGACAGAGAGUACAAGAUGGCUUACGACCGUCUCACCCCGAACCAAGUCAAGAGCACCCACAACUGCGACAGGCCGCCGAGCACCGGCGUGAUGGAGUGUCGGAAGACCUUCGGCGAGCCGUAUCUUUAACCGGGGCCGGACGGCGGGGUGUGCGUUUACGUGUGCGCGCGCGUGUGUGCGGGCGGGCGCGCCUGGAGUGGACCGCGUGGCGUGGAAGACCGCACCCCGAGACUCCAGGAACGCUUCCGGUGCCAGCUUUUGAAAAUCCAUCCGGAGAGGGAGGGAUCUUAGAGGCCCCGGAGACGGCCGACUUAGAAAGCCACAGUGGCGGACGGGCCCGGGAGCGGCUUGGCUUCCUGCCACCUUGGCGGUGUUUUGUGUUUUGUGUUGUUUUUUGUCGUCCCUCCCCUCCCCACCCCUCUCCUGGAGGUCUGGGCGUGUGGUGAGGAAACCCGAAGCAGAAGCCGCUCUCCGGUUUUCGGGUCUGAGAGCCGGCAGCCAUUUCUAUGGUUUCUCUGCGGCGAGGUGGGCGGGUCGAUGCCCCGAGACUAAGUGAUGUAGUAAGAGGAUCUGUUUACAGAGACUGUUCGGAAACGUUACGCAGACCACGAAGUUGUAUUAUACGUGUUUUAAAUU